GGUGAGGAGCGGGUCUGGACCGGGGGGGACUCCAAGGCGGUCCAGUGUUUAACGAACAUCUUCACGAGCGUGUUCACCACGUGUGACGUCCCGGAGAACGCGCUGUUCGGCCCGUGCGUGCUGAGCCACACCACGCUCUACGACAGCAUCGCUUUCAUCGCCCUCAAGUCCACCGACAAGCGGACGGCGCCCUACAUCUUUCGGGUGGAUACCUCGGCCGCCAGUAGCUCGGCGGAGGGGGUGAUGUGGCUCCGGUUGGUCCAGUCGGCUCGGGACCCGGAGGAGCAGAACCUCGAGGCCUACGUGAAGAACGGCCAGCUGUUCUACCGGUCGCUGCGCCGCGUGCACAAGGACGAGGAGCUGCUCGUGUGGUACGGCCGGGAGCUGCUGGACCUGCUGGGGCUGCGCGAGACCACGGACCCGCCAAUCAGGGCCAAGGGCUCGACCGCCCACACCUGCCCCGACUGCAGCCAGCGCUUCCUGUUUGACUUCCCCUUCCUGUCUCACCUGAGGUUCCGCUGCACCAAGCGUCUCCAGACCCCCCCCACGACCCCCACCGACACCACCACUGACCCCCGGCCCCCCAGCGAGGGGGUGGACCCCUCGGGGCCCCCAGGAGGCGGGACCCCUGGGCGGUCCAGCCCCAAGCCCCUGCCCGGCCCCCCUGAUGCCAUCAAGCCCGCCACAGACUUCCACAACCUGGCUCGGGACCUGGAGCGGAGCCGGCGGGGCCCGCCCAGCGACCGCGAGGCCGAGGUCCACAGCUCCGGGAAGAGGAAGUACCCCGACGCCUUGGGACCCCCGGGGGCUGCCCUGCCGGGGCCAAAAUCCAAAGAGGAGCUGGCCACCUCCGCCCUCAACUACCGAGGGGCCUACGGGCUGGACGACAGCCCCCGGGCCCCCUCCCCGGUGGUGGGGCCCCCCACCACCGGGGAUGCGGGUCCCGGGGCCAAGCGCAGUGCUUUCACAGAGGUGAGGAAGUCCUCGCAGGGCCUGAAGUCCUCCAGGAGCACCCAGAGUUCGAACCUGGAGAACCAGGAGUCAGGGGGGGGGCGCCCGGGCAGCCGGACCCCCGACAAGCACCUCAACAUGAGGCAGGUCCUGUCAGAGACCCAGCCCACCCAGGCCCAGCCCCCCCCAAGCCCCUUCCCCUCGCUGGCUCAGCAGGGGGCGGGCAGCAGAGCAGAGCGGAAGAGCGCCUUCAGCCAGCCCUCCCGCUCCUCCUCCUUCUCCCAGAUCUCCUCCCUCCUGGCCCCAAAGCUCCUGGACUCCUCAGCCAGAAUGGAGCUAGGCCCCGGCCCCAUGAAGCAGGGUCCCUUCGUCUACGCCGCCGCCACCGCCUUCUGGCCCAAGACCUCCGGACCGGUCCCCAUCCAGCUCCCCUCGGCACUCACCCUGCUCCCCCCCUCCUUCACCUCCCUCUGCCUGCCCGCGCAGAACUGGUGCGCAAAGUGCAACGCGUCCUUCCGCAUGACGUCGGACCUGGUGUACCACAUGCGCUCGCACCACAAGAAGGAGUUCGCCGUGGAGCCGCUGGUGCGGCGGCGGCGCGAGGAGAAGCUCCGGUGUCCGAUCUGCAACGAGGCGUUCCGCGAGCGGCAUCACCUGUCGCGUCACAUGACGUCGCAUAACUGACUCCUCUGUGGCGCUCGGAAGAACAACCAAUCAGCUCUGGACUUUGAAAAUUUUCAAUAGGAAAGAAAAUAAUAUUUUCCUCCGUUCAUCACCUUUAUCAGCGUCCUUUUCAUCCUCCUCCUCAUCACGGUCCACUCUCUCCGUCUUUUCUACUUAUGUUUUACUUUAAAUUAAUAUAUUUAAGAAACACUUGAUGUUUGAACAUAAGGGAAGACUUAAAUAUGUGUAGGCCUAUGUGUACAGUAAGUUGUAUUUUAUAAGGUUUAAAUGGGUCAGGCUAUUUCAGAGUGCAUGUAAUAUUAAGAUUUAAGAUCUAUUCACUACAGUGUAAAUAUCUCGUUUUAUUUGAAAUACAAAGUGUCAUAUUUUGUGUCAGUGGGGAUUAGUUUGUCCUUCCUUUUGCGGAAAUGUACUA